CAGAUGUAAAUUGCACUCCUGAGUUCUGUGAGCCAAUCUAGCAAAUUAUCGAAUCUGAGAAGAGGAUCAGGCACAGCCCUGAUUUAUAGCUAGUCAGUCAGAAGUAUCAGUGGCAACCUGAAAUUCUCAAUGGGCAACUCAAGUGGGAGCAGCCUUGUGGCACUGAGCUCUUUAACUUAUGGCAUACGAUGUUGGCUCUGGAUAGAUAGUGUCAGAAUUGAAUUUAAUUAUAGAAUGCCCAGUUCAGGUCCACAGAGAAUUGGAGAAUUUCUUGGUGUAGAACAAAUCCACACAGUUGGUGUCAGAAGUGUUGUGUGGGUAGAGAAAUGAGUUUUUUAUUAACUGUCACCUCUGUUUUUAUUGCUUGCCUCUAUUACUUCUCACCUAAGUUACUGUUUCUUCCAUUUUCCUGAAUCACUGAAGGAGAAAGUCCCUGGACAUACAGAUGCCUUAAUCCUUGAUACUUAGAGGACUGAACUCCUGUCUCUCUCAGCAGGGGGAAGACCCAUUGUCCCACCCCUUUGUCCUUCAUAAAGCAUCUGCUGAUGCCCUUCCAGCCUGAGCUACUCCACUGGAAGCCAGGAACGGGACACAGGACAAGGAUCUCAGCUGCUGGUGUGGGCAAGAUGGAAACCAACUUCUCCAGCCCUGUGAACGCACCAGAAGAGAUACUCGAUGCAUCUUCUGGCUACCAUGCUAUAGAGAUCUACUUAUUAGUGUCAUUUGGAAUCAUCUUUGUGCUUGGCUUCCUGGGUAAUGGGCUUGUGAUCUGGGUGACUGGAUUCCGGAUGGCACGCACUGUCACAACCUUGUGUUACCUGAACCUGGCCUUAAAUGACUUCUCCUUCACUGUCACUUUACCAUUCCUCAUGGUCUUAACUGCAAUGAGAGGACAAUGGCCUUUUGGCUGGUUCCUAUGCAAGGUUGUUUUCACAAUGGGCGACAUGAACCUGUUUGGAAGUGUUUUCCUCAUUGCUUUCAUUGCUCUGGACCGCUGUAUUUGCGUCCUGCAUCCAGUCUGGGCCCAGAACCACCGCACUGUAACUCUGGCUAGAAUAGUGAUCAUUGUACCCUGGAUUCUUGCACUAGUCCUUACCUUUCCAGUUUUCUUCUUCGUAACUAUAGAAAGUGAUGAAAAAAAUAAUACAUACUGCCUUUCGAACACUGAGUUCUUCAGUGACAAUGAUGAAAUGAGUUGGAAGAUGAUCUCCACCACAGUUGCAGCGAUGGGGAUCAUCCAGUUUGUCAUUGGCUUCAUUAUGCCGAUGUCCAUCAUUGCUAUCUGCUAUGGGCUCAUAGCUGCCAAGAUCCACAAAAAAGUCAUGAUAAAUUCUAGCCGUCCCUUACAAGUCCUCACUGCUGUCAUGGUUUCCUUCUUCCUUUGUUGGUUCCCCUUUCAACUGAUUCUUUUUCUGGGUAGAAUCUGGAUUAAAGAGAUAGCACUUGAAGGUAAGUACAGCAUCAUUUUGCUCCUGAGGGUCCUGACGACCCCCCUGGCAUUCUUAAACAGUUGCCUCAACCCAAUUCUCUAUGUCUUCAUGGGCCAAGACUUCCGAAGGAGACUGAUCCACUCCCUGCCUGCCAGUCUGGAGAGGGCCCUGAUUGAGGACUCAGCUGAGACCAUUGACACAACAACCAAAUCUGCUUCACCUCCCACAGUGGCCCAGCUACAGGAAAUGUGAGGGGCGGGGAACAUUUCUGAGCUGUCUGCUCCAACCCUGCUCCCAGUUACAGCUUCUUCUUUCCUUGGGUCAUACCGAGCCACUCAUCUUGAAAAAUAAUUUGGUGUCCCCUGAUUUGGGUGAUGAAAUGGACAUAGGGCACUAUUGGUAUCAAUUUUUGUUUGAGGAUCUCAGCCUAUACCCUGGGGAGAGUAGAGGUGGGAAGAGAACAAGGGGAGAGAAGAGACAGAGUGAUGGGGAAUUUGUAAACUUAGAUGAGAGAAUACAUUAAGGGGAAAACUUUAGUACUUCACCAUUAAGUAAGAUGUUUGCUGUAGAUUGUUUUCAGCUAUUUUGUAUCUGACCACAGAAGUUUCCUAUUUGUAGUUUACUAAGAGUUUUCUUCUUUUGUUAAUCAAGAAUGCUAUUGGGUUGUAUCAAAUGAAUUUUCUGCAUAUAUUAAGGUGAUCAUAUUAUUAUCAUUUUGCUUACAUCAUCAUAAAUGAUACUAAUUUUUGAAUGUUAAGUUAGCUUUGCAGUUUUAGAAUAAACCACACUUGGUCCUGAUGUAUUUUACAUAUUUAUAGUUAACAUCACUAGAUUGGUUUAGAAUUUUUGCACUUAUGUUUAUGUAAAAAUGGGUCUAUUCUUUUACUUUCUUCUAAUGUCUGUGCAAGGUAUUAAAUCAAACUUAUAAUGGCCUCCUAAAAAGACCUGGGAAGUGAUUUCUCUGAUUCUAUUCUCUGAUGCCAUGUCUUUUAUAAAUGUUUAGAAAAGUUCACCAGUGAAGCUAGUUGGGUCUUGGGUUUUCUUUAUGGCAGGGCUUUUAAUAACAAGUUCAAUAUAUUUAACACUUAAUGGACUAGUCAGAUUUUCUAUUUCCUCUUUUGUCAGUUUUGGUAAACUGUGACUUUCAAGGAAUUUAGCCAUUUUAUCCAAACUGUCAAAUUAAUUGAUGUGAAACAGUAUAACUGUACAGUACUUAGUAUGGUUUCCAACACAUAAUGAGAAUGUAAGCUAUCUGAGGGAAAGAAUUUUUGUCUGCAUUGUUCACUAAUGGAUCCUGAUACCCUAUUUGUAAAAUAAUGCUUAGUAUAUGAUAGACACUUAAUAAAUAGUUAUUGAUUUAAUGAAUCAAUAAAUAAUAGUAUCACCCAGGUGUCAAGUGAGAACCUUUAAUGUCUUGUUAAAAUUAACUCUGAAUUGAUUAUGAAUUGGGCAAUAUCCAUUGUACUUUCACUCCUAUUCCCAAAAUCUUUACAAAUUCCCCUGUGGUUUAUAUAUUUAAGAACACCUCAGAUUUUGAGUUUCUAUUUUGA